AUGCGAGAUUAUGCCACCGCAAGCGACAGCAAUCGCAUUAACUCAUCGUUCGCUGCUGCAACAGCUCCCAGUCGAGAGGAGAUCAUUCGAUUGCACGCGCAGGAAUUUCCCAAUGUGCCCUUUGAACAUUGGCAACGCCUAUCGCUCAAGCAACUGAAUGACUCCUGCGCCCAGGUACCGCCCAUGCACUCGUUGCGCUUCCACAACAACUACUGGCAGGUAUUCCACAAUCGCAACGUCACAUACCACCUCUUCAACGCAUAUUUUGAUGUGCGUGCGUAUGCAAUGCAGCGCGGUGCUGUGGUGCGCGUGCUCGCCAUGGCCAACGAGGUGCCAGCGCCGUCCCAUCCAAGCUACUGCCAGUUGUGGUACGAUACACUCAGCGUGCCGGUGAUUGUGCCUGUGGUGGAGCAGCGUCUGAUUUGGUUCCUAGAAUGGGGUACAUAUGGCGACUACUAUCCCUACUUGCUCAGCUGCGUUCCGCCGUUGCCGUUGCGUCAGACACCGCCCCGCGCUGUCUCCCUGGUGGCGCGCUUUUGUGACACCGCGUCGAAUAUGCUACGUGUGCUCUACGAACAUCCAGCCGCCAAUGAGACCCAGCACGGGUUUGCUGUGUGCGUGAAGGGGCUGGAUUACCUGUAUGACGAUAUGGGUCCGCGGCUGGUGGAAUGGCUGGAGUUACAGCGGCUGCUUGGCGCACGCAAAGUCAUCACCUACAAGCUGGUGCUGCAUCCGAAUUUGGCGCGAGUGCUGCAGCACUACGUGGCAGAGGGAUUCGUCGAGCUGCUGCCGCUGAGUUUAGGUUCAGAGAUGGCUGACCUACCGCAUUACUUGCACGACUAUCUGCACUCGGAUAUCGCCAACAAGCGGCUGAAUGAGUUGGUGCCCUAUAACGACUGCUUCUACCGCAACAUGUACAAGUACGCCUAUAUAGCGGUGGUGGAUGUGGAUGAGGUGAUCAUGCCGUUAGGCAACAGCAUCAGCUGGCAACAGCUGAUCGAAACGGCGCUGCGUCGGCGCACUGAAGACUGUCCGCGCGGCUAUGCAAGCGUCUGCGUGCGGAAUGCGAUCUUCCCUAUAAAUACGAUGAACUACACUGAAACGACGACGGCGCAAAGUCACAUGUUCCUGUUGCAACACGUGCAUCGGCUGAACCGUACCGGUGAAGUAAAUGAUGCCGUGAAGUGCUUCCACAAUACCAGCGAAGUGCUGACGUUGCAUAAUCACUACCAUAUUGCGAGAUUGGAGGGCUGCCAUUCGUUUCAUUUUGAGCCGGUAGAGGCACAGCUGCAGCACUAUCGGUUGCUGGAAGAGACGGCGGCGCAGGCGGCGCUGACACGCGAUGAAAGUAUAUAUCGAUACAAGGACGCGCUCGUGCGCAAUGUUGAGGCAGUUCUGCGGCAGCUGGGUUACCUGGAUUGA